AUGUCUGAAGCAUUCCAAAAGUUACAGGUCAAGAAAUAUACGAAGAAGACGUACAAGAAUCCAGCUGAGGCUAGAUACUGGAAGAAGUACAAGGAUGUGGUCAAGCAGAAAAACACUCAUUCAAUUAUGGAUGUCGCUUUCUGCAAUGACAUGCCUGAUUAUCUCUGUGUAGCAGUCUCUGCAAAGGUGGAUAUCUAUAAGAUCACAGAGAGGCUUUUUGAGAGUGAUGUCAAAGCAAUCAACACUCUGUUCAAGUUCAACGAUGUUGUGACUACAUGCAGGCUCAGAGAUUCGAAGGAUCUUCUUGCUACAGGAACUAAGGAAGGACUAGUUCAGAUUUUCCAGACUAAGAAGAGACUUAAUUUGAGGACUUUCACUCAUCAUAAGAAUUCUAUUAACUCGGUUGCUUUUAACUCAAAUAAGGUCAACCUUGCUUCCUGUGCUGAUGAGAAUGAUGUGGCUAUUUGGGAACUUGCAACUAAAGAUCCUCAGCAUAUUAUUGAAGAUGCUCAUAACGAUUAUGUCAAAGCUAUUAGUUAUCAUGACCAGAACACGCUGAUGACCACCAGUUACGAUAAAACGGUGAAGCUUUGGGAUGUCAGGAACAAACUAGAUAGCAAUUCGUUCAACUAUUAUCUUGAGAUGAGUGAUCCAAUCGAAAAUUUUACAAGAAUUGAUGAGUAUAAUUAUGCUAUAGCAAAUGGGAACUAUAUUUCACUAAUCGAUAUCAGAAACUCAGAUGAAAUCGUCAGAACUAUUAAUGCACAUCAGAAGAGCAUCUUUAAUGUGAGAUAUGAUAGUGCCAAGCAGAGAUUGAUUUCUGCUGGUGCUGACUGUCAUCUCAAGUUCCAUGACCUAGUCAAUGAGAAGGUCAUGUACACUGUCAAACUUCCUUCUGAAGUAUUAUCAUUUGAUAUCUCUUCAGAUGGCCAAAACUAUGCUCUUGGGUUGAUGAAUGGAACCCUUUUGAUCAGGUCAAAGAAGUUUACACCUGAUGAGGAUGAAGAGGAUCUCGAUAUCGAUCCUGAAGCCAUGAUGGACAAGUUUCUGUCAAAAGAUCACCUAGUUCAGACAAGCAAGGGCUACAAGCAUUUCUAUAGAGGUCAAUAUACCAAAGAGUCUGGUAUGGACGACAUUAUUUCCAAGAGUCGCAAGAAGAUCAAUCUGCAGAAAUUUGAGAAAUAUCUCAAAAAAUUUCAGUACAAAAAUGCUCUGAAUUCAGCCCUUGAGAAGAGAAGUACUGAUAUCACUGUGAGUUUGAUCGAAGAACUUAUCCAGAGAAGUUCUCUUGAGAUAGCUAUAGCAAACAGAUCUGAAGAGGAGUUAAUCUUGCUACUAGACUUCCUCAUCUGGAAAAUCUCUGAUUACAGGUUCUCGGAUAUCCUCGUUGAAGUAGCCAAGAUAGUCAUUGAUAUGUACUCAUGAGUGAUUGGACAUUCAGAAGAGGUCUUCAAGAAGUUCAAGGAGCUUUAUACUAAAGUUGACACUGAAAUUGAUGAGCAAAAGCAGAUGUUGGAGGUAAAGUCAAAGCUUGACACUCUAAAAACAUGAUACAACAUUUUUGCCUUAAGCUCUCAGUCAUAAAAAUUCAACAUUUUUA